AUGUCUGAAUACAGCUCGGCACCUCCGUCACGGCCGGGUUCACCACCACCUCUACCGGAUAACCAGGCGACUCCUAGACCGUACAGAUUCAAUUGGGAUCCGUCUUUUCGAAGACCCGGUCCUAGUAGUGUCUCCGAAACGACUGAAGGUCGAGGAGGCGAUUACUUCGCGGCUGGCGGGACGGUACCAUUACACGGCUUACUGAAUGCAUCGACCACCUCGCUAACACUCGGCGCAAUACCCCCGGAAUGGAGUAGCUCGAAGCAUGGGUUCCAUGCUAUCUCUACUGUUCUGAAUAACCCCCACAAACAGGGAGCUCCUCCCAAAGCUCAUUCUCGACUCCCCGCAGUUCCACACGCCGAGAUCCCUCGGGUACGCCGGAAAGACUUUGACUCGUACCUGAAAGCCGUUUCGGACGAAUGGGAAAGGUUCGAGCGAAACGCAAGGUUCGAACCUGAAGGAGAGGCGUCUAGUAGUACUGGCCAAGUAGCCAGAACACCUCGGACACCUGGUGCGCCGCCAGCGCCGUCCCUUCCACCGCUUGAAACUGUUCCGUCCGUCUUCUUUGAGCCUAAAUUCGACUUGGGGGACCCUAGGACUUUUGCAUGGGUGACCGAGCAGGACCCUGCUUCUCUCGGGGGUGCUGAUUUCUCUGAUUCUACCGCAUUGUCACAUACUCUGCCGCUCUUAGACAAAUUCUCACAUUAUACCGACACCCUUGAAGCCCAUCUGACCCACGAAAUCUCCCUCCGUUCUACGUCAUUCUUUGCUGCCUUGUCUAAUUUGCAAGACCUGCAGACCGAAUCUUCAACAUGCCUCUCUCGGAUAUCACAGUUGCGUGAGCUCCUGAAAGAGGUUGACGAAGGGACUGCAAAGAGAGGUGCAGAGGGCGUGCGAUUAGAAAUGAAGAAAGAGAACCUGGGUGUCGUGAAAGAGAGCGUGAAGCGGGUAGGCGAAGUGUGGGAGAUGCUGGGAAUUGCACGAGGUUUGGUAGAUGCCGGUCAAUGGCAGGAUGCGCUCGGUAUCAUCGAAGGGCUCGAGGGACUGUGGGGGGCGGAGCCUUCCUCUAGCUCUACGGUGAAGUCGCUGCCGUUGCUGCCUUCAGAAAAUGGCCGAUUAUCCCCCCUCCCACCCAUACCGGAAUCGGAUAGCGCUUCAAGACCGACGUCGCCGUCACCCUCUGCUUCAAGAACGGGCCUGUCGCAACAGACAGUUUCGGCAUUCCCUCUUUCGACCCUUCAAGCUUUCUCUGCACUCCCUGACCAUCUUCGAGAUUUGACGCUCCAUAUAGCAACGGCCCUGACUUCAGAAGUGGUCACGGUUCUUCGUCUUGAUAUCCUCGGUCGGAUCGAUGCGUCCCCGAAACUGGCUAACGAAAAUGGUCGGAUCGAGGACGACACUGACCUAGCACUAAGGGAUAGGCUACGACCUCUACUGAGUGGUUUAGUUCGGGCGAGACUUCACGGCACCGCCAAUGGUGGCCAAACCAGCGAAGGAAGCGUAGAGAGGGUUAUAGAAUCCUGGCGACAUGUAGUGUUGGGCGAAGUCCGGGGAAUCACCAAGCGAUCAUUACUCUCUUUCACUGUGUAUCAGCAAUUGCCUGCUGGCUUCAAUGUGGACGAUAGUGACCUUCAGGAAUCAAGUGCUGCUGGCCACUUCAAGUUACUCAGCCAGGCAGAGUUUAUGAGUUGGAUACGGAAAGUGUAUGAGAACCUUUUCAAUUGCUUAGAGGGUCUCAAGACGCAAAAUAAGAUCCUAGUCGAAGUACUGGAGAGAAUGCAGUGCGUGCCUCGGCCUCAAGCAACGCCCACUGCGCCGUCACGCCCGUCCCCAGUGUCCUUGGAGACUGUUCAGUCUUCGCUCUCCGAUCUCUUAAUGACUGCGGCCGAGACGGCCAACGUUCUCUGCGCCCAAGCCUUGAAUCACCGGUCAGAACAACACAGCGCUUUGGAAUUGCAGGAGUUCGCGGACCUCUUCCAGCUCACCUGGGACUUUGUCGUCAAGUGCGAAAUCGCAUGUCAGCGCAUGAUUGUCAGUCUACGAGGAGCUGCUGUCAGCCAAGCAAAGGCUUUCCUACAAGUCUUCCACCAGAAGAGGCUAACGCAGUCGGCGAAGCUUGUGGAGGACGAGCAAUGGAGUGCCGCUGAAGUGUCGCCCGACUCGCAAGCUGUAGCAGAUAUACUUGUAGACUGCGCGGUACGGGAUCCACCGCAAUUGCAGCUCCAUCAAGCAGACACUCCCUCCGCACUCCUUUCACCAUCGACCUCCGAUUCUACUUUGGUCACUUCUGCCAUGUCACCCAGCCCGUCAGGGCAGACUCUCGCCAAUACGAAGCGCCUGAGAAUCGAGGACCAUACCUACUUCGCUGUACCCGCCACCCUGCAGGCCCUUGCUCUCCUCGUGGAUUAUCUCAAGUUGGUCGCCAACAUGACCAUGCUCACGACAGACGCGAUGAGUCGAGUGAUCGAGUUCCUUAAGGCUUUUAAUUCUCGCACAUGCCAGGUCGUGCUUGGCGCUGGCGCGAUGAGGAGCGCAGGCCUGAAGAACAUCACAGCUAAGCAUCUUGCGUUGGCUUCGCAAUCUCUGUCCAUCAUGAUUGCGUUGAUACCCUACGUGCGCGAGACUUUUAGAAGGCAUCUGAGUCCGAAGCAGGCAGUCAUGCUCGUGGAGUUCGAUAAGCUGAAGCGGGACUAUCAAGAGCAUCAACACGAAAUUCAUGCCAAAUUAAUCGCGAUUAUGGGUGACCGCUUACAAGCCCAUAUCCGAACAUUACAGACAGUCGAUUGGAAUGCACCGAAGUCGCCAUCCGGCGUCAACGGCUACAUGGAGAUGCUUGUGAAAGAGACAGUCACGCUGCACAAGGUGCUAUCACGCUAUCUUUCAACACCGAUAGUCGAGUACGUGAUGACUCAAGUCUUCGCAGCAAUCAAUCAUAGGCUGUCUGAAGAGUACCAGAAGAUUGACCUUCCCUCCCAAGAGGCGAAAGAUAGAUUGCUGGCAGACGCUAGAUAUCUGCAUCAGAAGCUCUCAGCCCUCAAGGACGUCGGUGCACCUAGUGGCAUGUUAGAGACUAUCAUUUCAGAGAAGUCCGUGGCUCGCAGGCAGGACCUCAAUUCGAGCACUACCAGCUUACCAGGGACUACAGCGAAUCAACGAAUUAAGAACAUGCUGGCGUCUCGGGACGUGAAGUCUCCAGAAAAGGAGAAGCCGUUACCCUCUCUCGGACCGACCCCGACGCCCCCGCUCGCGAAUGGUGCGCUCAACGGGGCAAAUAGUACAGCGCCUUUACCUCCCGAGAAGGCCGGCUUCAAGGAGGUGGCAGACACACCCCGUCCGAAUGACGGUCUUCCAUCUACGUCUCCGGUCGAGCAAAAUAGCGUCCAGUCUCCGGGACAGUCGGCUCCAUGAUGCGGACUGUUGUCGUCACAUGCUGCCGCGAUAUGGGCUGUAAAUGUUCUGUGGCCGCUCGAUAUAACUCUGCGCCGUCGAUUUUUAGGAGCGAAGCCUAUCGGUUUCGAUGAAGUGCCUAGCUAUUUGAGGAGGCUUCACGCUUCAGGCUCGGCGAAAGCUAUGAUAUAUUGGACUUCUUGUGCGUAAUGGACGGAUAUCUUAUUUAUAGUGGAUGCGAGUGAUGUUCCAC